GCAGACUCCCUGAUGCCCGCGCCAAAAGCUGGUCGCGCCGGGCGCCGGGGGGGAAAGCUCGCCUCGCUCGCCUCAAGGGGGGCGGCUCGCGAGCGCGCCGACCGGACGAGCCGCCGGGGCUGGCCGGCCGUCGCGGCGGCCGCUUGCCUGGCGGAGCCUGGUCGAGGCUGCUUUUGCCUCGCGCGCGCUCUGCUCGGCCGCCCCUUCCCCGCCCGGGCUGGGGAAGACGCCUCCUCCUCCUCCCGCUCCUCCGCCUCCAUUUUCCCGCGCGCUCCUCUUGCCCAGAUGCCCGCCGCCUCCUCCUCUUGCAGCAGCAGCAGCCGCGGGUGACUUCUGCGUGGGAAAGCAGGAGCGCGGGCGAGCGCGCGAGGCGGCGGCGGCGGGCGGGCGCGCGCGCGCUCCCGGGACGUGCGAGAGGCUUUCCCUCAGCCUCGCGCCGAGCUCUCCUUUUGGCUCGCGCUCCUCCCGCCUAUGGAGGGGACGCUGUGAGCUCCUCAGCGGCUGCAGCGAGCGAGCGGGCGGCGGCGCCCGUAGCUGAAGCGCCCGCAGUCGUCCUCCGCUCGCCUCAGCCCAGGCCCCUUCCUCGCUCGCUCGCUCGCUGCCCGUGGGCCAGCCAUGUCCUACCCUCAGGGCUACCUCUACCAGCCCCCGGGCUCGCUGGCGCUCUACUCGUGCCCGGCUUACGGGGCGUCGGCGCUGGCGGCGCCCCGGAGCGAAGAGCUGGCCAGGUCGUCUUCGGGCUCGGCGUUCAGCCCUUACCCCGGAUCCGCCGCCUUCACCGCCCAAGCGGCAGCCACCGGCUUCAGCAGCCCGCUCCAGUACUCCACCGACCCGGCCACGGGAUUCCCCUCCUACAUGGUGGGUAACGGACCGGACAGCCCGCCGCCGGCGCCAGCCGCCUCCAUCUUCAUCCUCCUCCAUCGCUUCCCCCGCUCGCAGCGCCGAGGCUGCCCGGGCUAGGCUGGGGGGUCGUGGGGAUGCAACACGCCGGGCAACCCGCGUUAGGCACACACACGGAAGCGCUCCUCCUCCGAGGCAGCCUCGCUGCGCUUCUCUCGACUUUCCUCCUUCGCUUUCCCCUCUUUCGUUGCUUCGCUUCGUUAUCCAUCUUCUCAUUUCCCUCCCCCUUCCCUUCCCUUCUUUCCAUCUCCCUCGCUUCUUUCCCUUCGCAAUUUAUUUCCUUUAUUCUUUUCUCCUCGCUCACUUUCAUUUUCUGACAUCCGUAUCCUCCCCCACUUUUUCCUUCGAUCUCUUUAGCGCUUCUCUCUCAUAUAUAUAUUUAGAAAUCUAUGUGAUUUACCGGGGCUGGGGGUGGGGCGCUUUCUAACGAUGGAAAGGAGUCCAAGCUGAAACUCGAUUAAAGGUGCUGUUUAUUUUUAUUUAUUUUUAUUUAUUUGUUGCUGGGGGAGAGAAGAGAGAGGUCUCCUCUUCGGACGGAUUUCCACCUCCAACUCGCGCUUCCUUCCGAGCACGUCUGUGCUGGCGAUCGCGCGUGUUUUUGCAGCUAUUGGAAACCGACGAAGGAUUAAAGUUAGCGGAGCCAAUUGGUCCUGGGAAAGUGGGGCAAAGGGUUCGUUUUGUUUCACUACACAAGAGAUAUCAGAUCGAGCGCCUUUGGCUGGAGUCGACUCUCCCUCUCCUCUCCCCCCGCACCUUUUCUCCCAGCCUGGCGAUCUUUAUUUAGGAUAAUGGGAGCCGAUCUCAAACGCUCCUCUGUUUGACUUUCUCGUGGCAGAAGAAAAGCAGUCGCAAGUUGCCAAGCCUUAUUGUUCCCGGGCUAUUUAGGAACAUUAGGUACAUUCGGAGCGCUGUGUUUAGCUUGGUUUCCUGGACCGACUCCGAAAGUUAUCAAGUUGGCUCAACUAAUUCCUCUCUCCCCCCCCCCCUUUUCUCUUCUCUCUCCUCACCCUCGUAUUAUGCAGACUUUAAAUCAGCGCAAUUUAAACGUUUAAAGGGCGAAUUAAAAUGCUAAUUAUAUCGCAUUUGACCAAUUCGAAACGGUGCAUAUCUUCUGGUUUGCAAAUUGGAUUUGCAAUGCAUUAGCGAAGUGAAUUGCUAAGUGGGGGGCUUUGUUGUCUCUCUCUCUCUCCUCUCUCUCUUUCUCUCUCUCUUUCCUGUAUGGCAACAGAGGAAAUAUCGUUGCAACCAUGUGUGGAGGCGGAGGAGGAGGAGGAGAGGGGAGAGGAAAAGUAGAAAGCUAUCAUUUUAAGAAACUACCUGUAGGGCCUUUGGAGGGAGAAAAUAAAAAUGUCUGCGUUGAAUUGCAAUAAACUGCAACGAAGACGAAGACAUCAGCAGUUUUCAGAGGGAAGAAGGGAUUCGAAAGCCCUCUGGAUACUUUAUUUUUUCCUUCUUGAGUUAUAAUAAUGCAGGAGUGCUCGGCACUACAAUUAAGAAAUAAUAACAUUGUUCGCUGGAGUGAUUGCAUUACAUUAGCGUAAAAUGUAAUAGUCGCUCCCGUGGCGUUGCCUGCUAGCUGGUGGCUGCCAGCUCUUCCGAAAUGCCUAACGCCCUUGCUUUUGUGCUUGGCAGGGCUCCCCUUACGAUGCCCACGCGACGGGCAUGAGCGGGGCCAUCAGCUACCACCCUUACGGUAGCCCAGCCUACCCCUACCAGCUGAACGACCCCGCAUACCGCAAGAACGCCACGCGGGACGCCACGGCCACGCUGAAGGCCUGGCUGCAGGAGCACCGCAAGAACCCCUACCCCACCAAAGGCGAGAAGAUCAUGCUGGCCAUCAUCACCAAGAUGACCCUCACGCAGGUCUCCACCUGGUUCGCCAACGCCAGGAGGAGGCUCAAGAAGGAGAACAAGAUGACCUGGGCGCCGCGCAACAAGAGCGAGGACGAGGACGAGGACCUCGACGCCGGCGGCGGCGGGAUCCGCGGCAAGGAAGAGGAGGCGCUGCCGUCGGACAAAGGCCGCGACAGCAACGAGACGUCGGCCGAGGAUGAAGGUGAGGGAGGAACAGGCUGGUUUCGUGGGGCAGGGAGGCAGAUCAUGGGCCUGCAAGGAGCCCUGCAGCCCGACCCGGUGCAGGUCUACCUCGGAGUUCAGUGGGGCUUACUCGGAGGUAAGUGUGUGUGUGCGCGCGGGGGGGAUUAUUGCAGGCUGGAGGGGCAGCAUCCACGCAUUGCAUUGCGCGCAUCUUCCACAUUCAUCCCCAGGGAUUCCGCCGCCGCCGCCCCUGCACUUUCUCUUUUAAAGACAGCGGGGAGCGCCGUUCCUUGCGAAGUAAGCGCCACGGAGCGGAGUGAAGCUUGCUUCCCCGUAGGCGCUUGCCUCGGGAAAAGGCCGUGUAAACCGCGGUAGUUAUCCCGCUUCCAGGUAAACAGGCUUGAAGGAUCUCAAGCCUUCGGAGCGCUUCAGGGACAUUGUCUCGGGCAGUGCUUGCAGCGGCUUUGGAAAGGAGAUGAGGACGAGGAUUAUUUGUAGCAGAAGCACACGACGGGGGAGCAGAGGAGGCUGAAGGCCGCUUCUCAAUAAAAUGUGGUUUUUUUGGGGGGGGGCAAGUAAGCCCUGCCACACAUAAGCGAUCACAAGUAGCGGGGCAGGCACACCAUUUGAAAGGCAAUGGCCAUCAUCUUUGGGCGGGCCAAGCCCACUCAAAUAUUUUAUUGGGGAGGGGGGCUUCGAAGGGACCUUGGCUCCUAUCUCAAGCUUGUGCCUUAUGCCGACACCUGAACCCACGGCCGGGCCGUCCGAUCCACCUAUGGUGGAAGCUAAGAUGCCCUCAAGAGGCCUAUGGAUCCGAGGAGAUUUCGCAGGAGAUCACCUCUGGGGGGCCCUGGAGUGGGGAGCAGGAGAUGCUCCGAUUGUUUGCCACCUGUUUUGGGGGUGGCGGGGAGCCUGAGGUUUAGGAGACGGGGUGCUGCGCUCUCCUCCUCCCGCUGCUGCAGCCGGUGCCUCUGCCUGGUUUCCUUGACGGUUCCCCUGGUUCUCUGCCGCAGGGAUCAGCUUGCAGGUGGACUCGCUCACCGACCACUCCUGCUCGGCCGAAUCGGACGGCGAGAAGGCCCCUUGCGGCGCCGGGGACCCGCUCUGCGAGUCCGGCUCGGAGUGCAAGGACAAGUACGAGGAGAUCGACGAGGACGAGGACGACGUCGAGGAGGAGGAGGACGACGACGACGAGGAGGAGGACGACGACGAGGCAGCGGCGGACAGGGGUCUUCCCUCCAAGCCCGUCACCUCCUCCCCUCUCACCGGGGUGGAAGCCCCUCUGCUGGGUCACCCGCACGCCGAGGACUCCGCGCGCAACGCCAACAAAGCCGCUUUGGACGCCCGCAUGGCCCCGACGGCGGCUUCGCAAACCACGCCGGCCAGCAAGCCCAAGCUGUGGUCGCUGGCGGAAAUCGCCACCUCGGACCUUAAGCACCCUCAGCACCCUCAGCACCACCACCACCACCCGCACAACCUGGGCCAGAGCUGCCAGCCGUCGGUGCCGCCCUCUUCCACCCCGCACAACGCUGCCUACUCGCCCUCCUCUCUCCUGGGGAGGCAUAUUUAUUACACCUCGCCUUUUUAUAGCAACUACACAAACUAUGGGAACUUCAACGCCCUCCAGGGUCAGGGCAUCCUGAGGUACAACACAGCGACGGUGGCCUCCAGCGAGGGGCUAAGUCAGACGGUCUUAAGCAGCGGCGGCGGAGGCGGCAGUAGCUCGGUGCACAAGCAGGGCUCGGAGAACUCUUUGAAAACCAUCGCGAGCCACCUAGAACAACAUUACAAGCCUUCCAAUCCAGACUCCAAAAAAGGUAGGUGUUUGCUGGCUAGGUUUUCUUUUCUACUAAGGAAUAAUGUGGGGUGCAAAUUUACCCUACCCCCCCCAAAAAAAAUCACAAUAAGGUGGGUGCUACAAGCAAGAAGGCAAUGGUGGUUUCUGACAGUCCAGGUACAAAACUCUUUUUCGAAGCUGCAAUCCAGGUCACAGUUCUUCUGCUUGGAAUUCCAUAGAUUUUAAUUUUGUUGUUGUUGUUGUCAAAGCAGCCCUUUUGUGUGGGAUUGCAGCCCGAAGCUGUGGCCAGGCCUCUGAAGAAGAGGAUCUAACAGAAAACGCUGAGAUUUGCCUUCCAGUUAUGAAUGUGAUUAGGAACAUAAUGUAAAUAAAUUGCUCCGUGUAAUUAAAAUGCCUCUAAAAAUCACUAAAAACUCCUUGAACCUGUAUAUAAUCUGAAAAUAUUUGCAGAAAGUUUAUUCAUUGUUUUUGUUGCUAAGAGGGGAGAAAUAACAGCAAGGGUGAAUAUUGUUUUGGCAAUAUUCCCAAGCAAAAAAAGAGAACAGUUUCAGGUUUGGGAGAGAGAGGAAACACAGUACAGUGUGAAGCAGAGAGAAGUCUGAUAGCUUGUGCCCAAGUAUAUUUACUCGGAAGUAACCCCCCCCACUUGAGUAGAAUGGGACCGAAUCUAAAGGCAAUUCAUUUAGGAUUGCAGCUUCAGUUGUCUGUCUCCUUCAAAGUUCCAUUAUUGGUCUGAGACAUUGCUACAAGUUAUGCUAAAUUUAAAACAAGUAAUUAAGAAUGCUGGCCCUUCGAACGAGUUCACUCCCAGAUCCGCUGAGAAAUGCCAGCUCAAGAAAAGGCCUUCCAAGGGGUUUUGUGCAAGAGGGAGCUAGGCUGUGCCCAGAGUGUAUAAUCUAGUUAGCCAGCUGUGUCCUGUGACUAACUGACGCUUCUAUUUUGACAGACCCCACUGAAGUGUGCACAGUAGGACUACAACCAUACCUAUAGAAGUGCAAUCACACAGCAGCCAGGCAAGUAAGUGAGACCAGCUCCUUUUCUCCUUCUUUCUCCUUCUAUUCUGUUACACCGCUUAGGAGGAUCAUUUGGCAUCAGCUCCAGAAACAUAUUGCUCAGCCUGCAAAUUUGCUUAAUGUUAAUUUCUUGCUCCAUUACCAAAAGAGCAUUAUUACAAAAAGAAAAGCCUAUUGCAUUUUCACCCUUCUUUUUUUUGUGUGUGUUUUUUUAUGUUUUUGGAGAAAUCAGUUCAAUUAUUUCACACAAGCCUCCUGCUUUUUUUUUUAAAAAAAUGAAAGUUGUGUAUUUUCAAUAAAUAUUUAAAUCAUAGGGUUUUUUUUUUUUAUUUCCCCAAAUUAUUAUUGGAAAAUUGGAACUGCAGUAGAUUGGGAACUCCUCCUACAUAAGGCCCUGUCGAAAUAUAUGGGCGGAUAGUUGUGUGUUCCCCUUGGAAGCCAGCCAGAAUUCAUCUCAUUGUCCCUCUGUACUAUUUGAAAUGUAUAUCAGCAUGCCAAAUAAAAGAACAUGAUUGCACUGAUUCAAUGCUUCGGGUGCUGUACAGAAGAUUUCCCUGCUCAAAUGCCCCUUAAGGCAUCUUUAUAAACAUGCAAUUCUAAUAGUUGUGAAUCAAAAUAAAGAGUGAUUUUAGUUAGCAUGCUUAUAUACAUUUAAACAGCAGAGAAGGAAAAUGAGAUAAAUCCUGGCUGGGUUCCAAAGAGAACAUAGUGUCUGCAUGAAUUGCCUCUGUUUCCCCAUUUAUUUCCAAAUCGCUGCUAUAGUUAGGAUUAAAGAAUAUCUUGUGGCCAACCAUUUCCCACCCCCACGGGGGGGGGGGGGGGCAGAACAGAACCCAAGCCUAAUCCUCCUAUGCUGAAAAGAAAAGAAAAAGCGUUUUAGUUUGCCUUCCAUUUUUAACACGCCGCGUGUAACUGAAAGAUUGUGGAUGAUCUGGUGUUUUCCUUGGUCCACAGGUAGGUGUCACAAUUGCUUUGAGAAAAGUCAACAAGCCAUCAUCUCUCCCCAAGCUAAUCUAUCUAUCUCUAACAAAAUUCUAAAUCUGGAUCACAUCUUGUGCCACUGUAUAAAAGAAGACCACAGAGCACUAUUAAAUCUACAGACUCUCUCUAAUUGUUAAACCAGAAUUUUGCUGGACAUUAUGUGAGUUUACUGGUAUAGUCUAGUUCUCCCCAAUGUAUAUGUGACUUAAAAAGAAAGAAUGAAUGAAAGAAAGAAAGAAGCAAAUCUGUUUUUUCUCAGGAUAUCUCGAAUUGAUCAGCUUAUUGCCACGGUAUAUAUAUAUAUAUCUAUAUAUAUCUAUAUUCUGUAGGUGUGAUAGGAUUUAUUGUACAAACACUUUGUAAAAGAUACAUACAGUAGCAAUUAAUUAAAUAAACCAUGACUGAAGAACUUGAGUACUUACAAAGUGGAAACAAAUUUGAUAUUUAUUUUUGUAAUGAUAUGAGAGCUUCUAGUAAUUUAUGCAAGUUGUAUUGCAACGGAAUCCCAACUCUUUUGUAAAUAAAUUAUGCCUGGUUUUUAUUUGAGACAUUGAUGGUUAUACAAUCCCUCGUUGUUUAACGAGAAUUCUUUACUAAUUUAUAUCUUUAAUUGUAAAUAAAAACAGAUUAGUCUAC